ACCAAACCUGGUAUAUCAAAUUUGUCUAUAUAAAAAAAUAGCAAAACAUUAUUCACAGCAAGAAAAACCACACCAAUAAAUAUUUUUUCUCAAUUCUCGUUUUCGUUUGUUAUUUUCACAACAAUGGGUAGGAAAAAGAUGAAACUUGCUUUCAUUGUCAAUGAUGCAUCUAGGAAAGCAACAUACAAUAAUAGGUGGAGGGGUCUACUGAAGAAGGUUUAUGAACUAAGCACUCUGUGUGGAGUUGAAGCAUGUGCCAUAGUCUAUGGACCAUACGAGCCUCAACCUAAGAUAUGGCCAUCAUCACAAGGAGUUCAAACAGUGCUCUCAAAAUUCAGAACAAUGACUGAAAGGGAUAAGAGCAAGAAAAUGGUGAAUCAAGAAACAUAUAUGAAAGAAAGGGUUCUAAAGGCCAAAGAGAAACUGAAGAUGCAAAGGCAUGACAACAAAGAGAAAGAGAUGGCAAUGCUGAUGUUUCAAUAUCUUUAUGAAGGUAACUUUAUGCAGAGUAAUAUGUCAUUGGUUGAUUCAAAACAUCUUUGUUGGUUGAUUGACCAGAAAUUGAAGGAGGUUGGUAGAAGGUUGGGAGAAGAGGAUAAUAAUGGUCAACAUGAAAUUCAAUUCCAAAUGGCACCACCAUUGACAUCCAGGAACGAAGAAAUGGCAAGGAUGGGUCAUGGCCAUGCUGGGAUGACUGUGAAUAAUGGUGAAAUCAUUGAAAGUCAACUUUUGAUGGGCUUGAUGAUGAAUGGUAAUGGAGAUGAGACAGUUCCAUUUGGCGAGGUCGAUCCUAGAUUUUUGCCCAAUAUAAUGCCUUGAAUGAAAUCAGACAUGCAGGUUGAGUACGCAUGUUCAACGUGAGUACCUGAGGAUAGCUUGAGGCUUCUUCGCUUUUAUGCUUGCUUUUGGAGUCUAGUAGUAGGCUAUGAUUAUGAUUUGUCGGGAGUUUAUUUAUUUUAUGAAUUCUAUGUUUUGAUGAAACUUUGAUGUCUUAUGAUGAUGUAUUUGAGAUGUUGAGACAAUGAGUUUAUGUUGUUUUAUGUUAUGAAUCCGCUGCAACCGUUUUAUUACA